UACAGUCAUGGCCGAGUUAACAGAAACGUGGAACCUUGACGACUCUUAUCUAAACUUAACGAGCUUUGAUGACUUUGAAAGUAAUAAAACCAACGAGACCAAAACGUUACCAGAUUACUUGACUUUUAAUGCAGACAGCGUGAGAGAAAUUGUCGUCUACAGCAUUCUGUUUGUCGUAGCAGCGACCGGCAACCUCCCGGUCUUCAUCAGCUUGCUCAGGAAUCGUCAGAGGAAGUCCCCCGUGAAACUUAUGAUGUUAAACUUGGCUGUGGCGGAUCUCAUUGUUACCUUUGUCAUGAUCCCCCUCGAAAUUUCGUGGCGUGUCACGGUGGAGUGGAUAGCGGGAACUAUUGGCUGCAAGAUUAUGCUGUUUCUACGAGCAUUCGGACCUUAUCUUUCCUCUAUGGUACUUGUGUGUAUCAGUUUUGACAGAUAUUUUGCCAUUGUCCACCCUCUUAAACUUAACGAUGCCAAGCAGAGAAGCAAAAUCAUGUUAAUAUGUGCUUGGGUUAUCAGUGUAAUCUGUGCUGUACCACAAGUAGGUUCACUGUUGUAG